CGUGGUUUGACUUGACGUUGCUAAAAAACCAGAAGCAGGACCAGAAGGUUGGUCGAGAUAUUUUGCUGUCUCUCCGAGCGUUUAUUUGUGUUUUCGGAAGUGAACAUCCGGACAGUGUUUAGUUCAGGAGUAGAGAGCUGCACCAUGGCGUCUGGAGGCCCCAUGAUGAACGGCGACAUAUCUCGCUCUCCCAGUCAGUCCGGAACGCUGGAGGAAACCCUGCAGCAGAUGAACAUCCUCAUCCAGGAGAACCGAGACUUGAAAGAGGCCCUGCGUCAGACCAACCUGACGAUGAAGGAGCGCUUCGAGGGUCUGUCUGCAUGGCGGGAGAAGCAGCGGGAGGAGAGGGACUUCCUGGAGAGCAGGCUGGAGGAAGCUCGGGGCCGCAUGGCAGCACUGACGCUCGAAAACCAGGAGCUGAGCAGGAGGAUGGAAGUGGAGGGGAAGAACGGGGGAGCCCUGGGAGACUUGCUGGCAUCCAAUCAGAGUGCAGAGCUGGAUGCCCUGCGUGCCCAGGUCGCUCGCCUGCAAGCAGAGAAGAACGACCUGGUGGCCAUGAACUCUGAGCUGCAGCUGAAGGCGGACCAGGACUCGCAUGACGACUCCUUCAUUGAGAUCAUCAGGGUUUCGGAUGGAGGUGUCAACGGUGUGAACGACGUGUGCGGUUCAGAGCGCAGCAGACGUCCGGAUCUGAGCAUGACGGCGUCCCGGCUGGACAGCGAGGAGGUGACCGUCAGCCAGCUCCUCCAGUCACUGAGGAACGAGACGCAGCGGGCUGAGCGGCUGCAGGCCGAGCUGCAGUCCUCUGCUGCCAGAAUUAGAGAGCUGGAGGAGAGGAAGAGCAAUGUACAGGAAUCAACACAGACCACCCAAGCAGAGCCAGAGACCAAGGAGGAUUCUGGGAAAGAGGAAAAGGCAGCCUCUGAGGUGGAGAAUCUCAAGUCUCAGAUGAUGACGCUGUUCAAAGAGCUGCAGCAGGCCCAGAGCAAGCUGGAUGAAGCAGAAGGCAUGAAGAAGAACCUGCAGGACAGAUGUCGGGAGGUGGAGCAGGACGUGGCCACUCUGAAAGCCCAGCUGGUGGAGAAACAGGCUGUGCAGUCAGAGAACGACCGGCUGAAGCUGCAGCUGGACAGCAUGCAGGCCCAGAACCAGAUGGAGCAGAGGAAGGCAGGGGAGGACAGGAACAACCUGGCCCAGCUGAAGGAUGCCUACACCAAGUUGUUUGAAGACUACAAUGAACUCAAAGAGGAGAAGAAGAAGAGAGAGUCUCUGCUGGUGCAGAAGGAGGUGGUGGACGAGCUGCAGGACCGGCUGACUGCCGCCGAAGAGGCCCUGGCUGCUAAACAGAACAAGAUUGAUGAAAUGAAGCAGGAGAUCUUCCAGAAGGAGAAGGAGCUGGAGACCAUAUCUGUCUUCCAGGCUCAGGCAGAGGUUUACUCCUCAGACUUUUACGCGGAGAGAGCGGCGAGGGAGAAGCUCCAUGAAGAGAGGGAGCGUCUGGCUGCUCAGCUGGAGUAUGUAAAGAAGCAGAACACCCAUCUGCAGGAGGAGAUGGACUCACUGGGCCGGCGGUCGCUAAACGAGAUGCAGAAGAGACAUGUGGGGGGAAAUCCACACGGAGCUGGUGCUGCUCUGGUUGGAAGAGGUGCUGACUGGCAGCAUCAGGGGAAUAUUCCCGAACACGCCUGUCCCAAGUGCAACGAGAUCCUGCCCGACCUGGACUCCCUGCAGAUCCACAUCAUGGACUGCAUCAACUAGACCGCCAUUAUUACAAGCAUCCGCAACAACACCGGCUACAUUAGCACCUAAAUCUGCGUCUUCCUGCUUUUAUCUGUACCUCUUCUUGGAUGCCUGAGACAACACUCCCUAGCUCCAUGAUAAACUCAUUCACAUUCAUUCUAGGAUGGGAACUUUAUGCUUUUAGUAGAAUUUAAGUAGAAGGAUUUCAAAGCUGUAUUGGGGGCUCAUACAGAAGAAAUGGAAGUCUGAAAAGAGUCCUCCCUGCUUUGUUAAAUUUGAAAAUUGUUUAAAAAGAUUUGGAAUAGAACAGGAAAAGAAAGACAAUGUUUUCUUGCAGGUUUUGGCUGCAUGUCAUCUGGCACAUAGUCUGUUUGUUGCUGUGAUGACUGAAAAGAUCAAAACAGAAACUGUAGAAACACUGAUAAGAUUUGAGUUUGGCGCUGUCUGCCUGUCAUGCACACAUUACGUAAGUUCAGCCUUUACAAGUUGGAUUUGUUCACCAAGUGUUUGGUUGCUGAAGGCUUUUUAUUUUUAAAUGUUUUGAAGAUUUUCAUGUAAAAUUUAAGAGAUUCUUUCUAUAUGUUUUGCUGAAAAAGGAUAUUUUAGCUCAUGAUUGGGAUGUUGAUGGGACAAGGAGCAUGCACCAUGUAGGCACUUUAAUAUGAAGAUAUAUAUUUUAUUUUGACUGUGCAGAUGAUAGCUGGGGAGUAGAACGUAAUAUAUUUAACUUCUGGAAUCAACCUAUCACCGUAAGCGACCGCUCUGGUAAGUGCAGGAGGCUCCAACACCCUGCUGAUUCUGUACUCUGUAUAUUAUUAAGGCCUUCUGAUUCCAUGUUGUAAUUCUGUCAAUGAAAAUAAAAUAAUUCACAAAUUUC